GUAAUUUUUUUAACGACAAAAGUAUAUCUGUAGCUUACAUAUUAGAUACAUUCUCUCAGUUGUGUAAAGACAAUAAGUUAUUUUAAAAUUUCCUAUUUAUGGUCUCUUUCCUUCAAUAAGCCAUUUAUACUAGCAUUUAUUAAUCGUAUAUCAAUAACACGUAAAGUUAUAUAUUAUUUCUGAAAUGCGACGAAAUCGGUUUCUUUUCAGUUUGGUUUGUAUUGCUUGUGUCAUGGCGAUAGCUAUGGAAAGUAGUUUUGUUUUAUAUGAUUCAACCAUACGCUUCAAAAAUGUAAGGAAUAACUAUCGAAAUAUAGAUGCCGUAAGAAAUAGUUUAGUAGAUAUUGGUAACCAAAAUAUUCGACAGAGUAUAGUGCAUAGGAACACAUUAUAUAUUUUGUUUUUUAAUGCACCUUCUUGGAUAAAUCUAACAGCGGAUAGUGAGUACAUCAAAACCAACUGUGAUUUUAAUAAUUGUGUUUUCACUCGAAAUCAUAUAAACGUUUCAAUGAUGUCAGCAGUGGUAUUUAGCACACAGAACGGCGUCAGUAAAAAAGAUACGGAAAGGUUUCAUACACAACGGUCAAAGCAUCAAAUCUGGGUCUUUUUUAGACUUGAAGCCCCAACAUUUGGAAAUAUAUCAUGGUAUAAAGAUCCUGUCUGGAGAAGGACAAUGAACUGGUCAUGGGGAUAUCGACUAGAUUCGGAUAUUUUUCGGCCUAUGCAAGUAUUGACCACUAGAAAUGUGCCGGUAUAUAAAGACUAUCGUUCAAUUUAUUUAAGGAAGAGAAAGAUGGCCGCUUGGGUAGUAAGUCACUGCAAUGCGCCUAGUCUUCGGGAUGAAUAUGUUUCUAAACUUACUCAAAGCGGAGUAAGUGUAGACAUAUUUGGAUUGUGCGCCGAAAAUGAAAGAAAAGUAGAUGGCAAAUUUAUUUUAAAGAAAAUCAACGACGAAUACAUGUUCUAUUUAUCGUUUGAAAACAAUAUUUGUACAGACUAUAUAUCAGAGAAAUUCUAUAGAUAUUUCAGUUUAGAUACUGUGUUAGUUGUACGUGGAGGCCUUAGUUAUUCAAAACAUUUUGAUAGCAAUGCGUUUAUAGAUACAUCAGUCUUUCCAACUGUAAAAUCUUUAGCAACAUAUUUGCUAAAUGUUAGCCGAGAUAUUAACCUUUAUACAGAAUACCUAAAACACAAAGACAUAUAUGACGUCGCAAAGUCAAAAACGGAAAGCAUGAGAAAAUCAGAAUGUCAGUUAUGCGAAAAACUGAAUAACAAAAGUAUUUAUAAAAAGAUCUAUUACAGUGUUGAAUCAUAUUUACACAACGGAACGUGUCAUAAUCCUGAUUCUAUACUGUAAGUUUUUUUACCUAAUUAAUCUGGAUUUGAUUGAUAUUUAAUACAUCAGGAAACUUUUCAACUGAACAAAGCACUUGUGUACCAUAAUAUAUGCAUUGACUUAGUGUAUAUAGACAAAGACAAAUCAUAUUUCCAUAAUUAAACAGGAAAAUCAUGAAGGAGAAAAAAAUAGGAAACGUUUUAAUUUCUUCAAUGCUGCAAGUUGAUUGAAUAACUUAAUUGAUUUCAGAGAGUCACUCUAUGUGUAUACCUGAACUUUAUAGCAUCUGAUCUAUCACGACAAAUAGGAUAUCGUACAAUGAUGAGUGCUUUGAGUAUAUAUAACUCUAACUUGACUAUUGCGUCAAAAAGAUGAUCAUUAAACAAUUCAAGUUGGCUA